ACGAAGAUUAUUUUCUAAUUUGCCUUAAUCUCAAUGAGUAUUUAUCCUACGUUGUAGAGCUUGUUGUUCUGAACAUGAUCACGCAAACAGAUCUUGAAUUGGAUCUACAUGGCUCAAGAUAUGAUUGACGGACCAGGGAGUUACAAACCGGGGAAGUCGUUCGUCUCCAACCGUUCGCUCGUCUCCGCCGAUCAGCAGCGCUGCCGUGUCUCGCCGCCGACUCCAGCAAUCCCAACCGCCGUCCUCGUCCCAUCCCUCCGCCGCGCGCAGCAGGCCGGCGAAACCAGCGAAGAAGUUGCAGCGGCGAGUUUCCUCCGAUUCACGUUGAAUUCGUCCUUUUUCGAUUUAAUCUUUCUUUGCAUUAUGGAUUUCACGGAGAUUCUAAAAGAUUACCCCUGUGUUACAAAGGAAUUUGUCAUGAACCUUCUAAAAGCUUGCCCUGGUGCCUCAGAACAAGAUGUGGUGAAACGUGUCCUCACUACUGGCCCACAUAUUAUGAAUGUCUCCUUCGGUUCUAACCUUCUCAGCAUGUUAGAACGUUCUCUUCGCCAUAUCAGUAAAUCACGAUUAAAUGAAAGGCUAAAAGGAAGAGAACAUGUUGUAGCUGGACCUUUACUUAAUGUGCAUUCCUUACAUGUACAACCAAAAAAAGCACUCAAAAAGCGACAACUCGCUGUGUAUGGUAUGAUUCGGGUUAGGUAUGAAAAUAUCAUGAGUGGAGAAGAAAUGCAGCUUGAUCUUUAUAACCGGGGUGCCAAUAAUGCUGACAACAUUAGCUCAUGUGGUGGCAAUUUAACUCUUUGUUGGCCUGAUUCUCACAUUAGUUAUGAUGAUUUAUGGAUGAAAUUGCACAAAACAACUAUAGAAGUGGAUCUCUAUCACAAAAUUGGGGAUGAAGUUUUUCCGUUUGCUAAAGAGAAUAUUUUGGUGGGUGAUACAACUGAAGGUGAUUUUGAAGAAGUAAGAUCAAAAGAAUUCGAUUCUAAAAUGUGCUCUGCCACCUUGAUUUAUAUUGCAAUGCCAUUUGCUGUUCUUUGCAAAGUGUCUGUUCGACCAUCUAGCCAAGACAUGGGCAGAGUUGUUAAUAUUGCUGGAAAAAUUGUUGCACGCUAUAAGAACACUUGUGGAAACUAUUCUUCAGAACCGUGCAUCCUUUUUGAGAAGCAAGAUGAGUUUGAACCAGUACAGAUGAAUAAUGAACUUCGUAUGUCGAGAGAAUGGUUGGGGAUGCCAGCAUAUUCGUCACUUGAACUCGAUCUGGACUUGAGGGAUUUCGACACAAACAAAAAACUUACUCGUAGAGUAGAGUUGUUGGGCGAGAAUUGUAUGUAUGCAGCUGAAUAUGGAGCGGCUGUGGAUGAUUUUGCCAUUGCUGUAGAUGCAGGAUUGUAUCCGUACCCAUUGAAUGGUGUUGGGUGGAGAGAUUGUUACAGCGACAAGAACCUUCUUUCUCUGCUGAAUUUUGAGUUGGAAUCGUCAUCAUCCAACAAUGGCAACCUUUGGUGUCAUGAUCAAGGAUUGAAACCAUCACCAUUAGUAGAAUUGUACUCAAUCUUUAUCGGCUGUAAAAAAAGGGUGGCAUUGAAAGUUGUUGGCACUGUUGAAUUCUCUUCCGAUGGUAAUACCCGCUACUUAUUCAAGAGUGACAGUAAUGAUGGUGUGGAAGUAGAAGAUACACAGAAAGUAUUACCAUUGAAAGUUGCGUGCAUGAAUUUUGGCCAGUAUGACUCGCUCGAAUUAAAGGUCAAUCUGGAAGAUGUUGGUGGGAAUUUUCAGAAUACUGGUUUUGCUACUUAUGAGCUUGGAAAUGGAGUCCAUGGAACACGUUUUGUCACCCAAAUAUGUUCUGUUUUUCCGGGCAAAAAAGGGUUUUGUGCGUUGCAUUACUCCUUGUUCCCAAGAGCUUGCCAAGCGAACAUCGAGAUUAUUUUCAAUAUUAAUAGCUUUCAUUCCGGAAUUAGGAGGAUCUACGGAAGUGCAUUUGUGGAAUAUAGCAACUUUGACUACUCAACUAAGUUCAAGAAAGAUUAUUUUCGGAGCAUGCUUUUCAAAAGGACGGAGAAGGAUCCAGUACAAUUAAAGAAGGAUGGGGAAGUACCACUUUCUCGAAAUGUUGUUGCGGUGCCAAUGGAUUCAUCCCUCAUUAUUGACAUAGCUUUUUGUGACAUGUCUCUGAAACAUCAUGUAUCAUGCAGGGAUACAUUCAGUAUUGGACAUCGCAGCAUUGAACACAAGACGAAUGAUUAUAAACUUGAGAUCAAGUUGACUUGGAGUGAUGGUAAGUAAUUGUAUAUCUUGGUUAUACUUUACUUUUUAGAUUCUAUUAUUUGUUUUGAAAGAAUAUGUCCCAAACCAAAGCAGUGUGCCUGGUCUCUCAAGUGUUAGAGUCCCGCACUUGAUUGUUUAUAAAAGAAUGAUAGGUUA